GCGCUGAGGAGAGUCGGCUGGUCCCCUCCGGUCCCGUCCCGCCGGGACUCAAAGGCCGUGCUACGGUCCCGCCGCCACCGUCGGAAGUGAGGUCGCGGCUCAGGCGGGGCCUGAGCCGGAAGCGAGUGGGGCCGUGUUGCGGGUGUUGAGGAGCCGGUGGCCGAGACCGCGGAGCGGAGCGAGUCCGGGCAGCAUCAAGAUCCAUUUUGUGUAGAAAUAAGUGGUUCCCAGAGAACAGCUUCAAUGACAGAACUGUCUGCACAUUUACCCCAGUUCCAGCAUGGGCAGCUGACAGAAAACUUCCCUGACAACCACCUCAGCAACACCAAUGAUAACAGUGAAAGACGACGCCAUGAUAAUAGUGAGCGCCGAAGAAAUGACAAUCCUGGGUCUGAGACCAAUGGGCAGCCACAGAACAACAUUCAGCAAGUGGUGGAUCAAGAUGAAGAGGAAGAUGAGGAGCUGACACUGAAAUAUGGGGCAAAACAUGUGAUUAUGUUGUUUGUACCUGUCACACUUUGCAUGGUGGUCGUUGUUGCAACCAUCAAGUCUGUCAGCUUUUAUACACGCAAGGAUGGACAGCUUAUCUACACUCCCUUCACAGAAGAGACAGAUACCAUUGGACAGAGGGCCCUGAAUUCAAUUCUCAACGCUGCAAUCAUGAUCAGUGUCAUCAUUGUCAUGACCAUACUCCUGGUUGUGCUUUACAAAUAUAGGUGCUACAAGGUGAUCCAUGGUUGGCUUAUCAUUUCUUCUCUUUUGCUGCUUUUCUUUUUUUCAUUCAUCUAUCUGGGUGAGGUUUUUAAGACGUAUAACGUUGCCAUGGACUACAUUACGGUAGCACUCAUAAUCUGGAACUUCGGUGUUGUGGGAAUGAUUUGUAUCCAUUGGAAGGGCCCGCUUCGGCUUCAGCAGGCAUAUCUCAUCAUGAUCAGCGCUCUCAUGGCUCUGGUGUUCAUUAAGUAUCUUCCCGAAUGGACCGCAUGGCUUAUCUUGGCUGUCAUUUCCGUGUACGAUUUGGUUGCUGUCUUAUGUCCUAAAGGUCCUCUUCGUAUGCUAGUUGAAACAGCUCAGGAGAGAAAUGAAACUCUCUUCCCAGCACUUAUUUACUCCUCAACGAUGGUGUGGCUAGUGAACAUGGCUGAGGAAGAUCCAGAAGGGCAACGGAAAGCUUCUAAAAACUCCACUUAUGAUAAACAAGCUCCGGCAAACCAGCCUCAGAAUGGAGAUGCUGAAGCAGAUGAUGGUGGCUUUAGUCAGGAGUGGCAGCAACAAAGAGACAAUAGAAUAGGACCCAUUGAAUCAACACCUGAAUCACGAGCUGCUGUACAGGCUCUACCUAGUAACUCUCAAACCAGUGAAGACCCUGAAGAACGAGGAGUAAAGCUAGGUCUAGGAGACUUCAUUUUCUACAGUGUCCUGGUUGGCAAAGCCUCUGCAACAGCAAGCGGGGAUUGGAAUACAACUUUAGCAUGUUUUGUAGCCAUAUUAAUUGGUCUGUGCCUUACACUUCUGCUUCUUGCCAUCUUUAAGAAGGCCUUACCAGCUCUUCCAAUCUCCAUUACUUUUGGGCUAGUUUUUUACUUCGCUACAGAUAACUUGGUGCAGCCCUUUAUGGACCAGCUAGCAUUCCAUCAGUUUUAUAUCUAGCACGCUUGUUGCUGAUACUUUAUGUAUGUUUAUAUUUGUAGCAAAUCUGGGAGGAGGAGAAACAUCUUUCCCUCAGUUCUCAAGUGAAACUGAAGUUUAAUACUCAAGAUUCUAAGCGUGAAUCAUUACAACUUCCUCCAGUUUUUUGUUGGUUUUUUUUUCUGAGACAAGUGCUGCAUUGGGCACCACAUUAAUUUUCCUGCGCAAAAGUGGUUUCUUCCUGAUGGCCGGUCUAAACCGGGUGUUACUGUAUCAGAGUAAUCUGAUAAAUGUAUCUCUGGCAAGGACCACCUGUGUGUAAAUGGCUAAUGCUUCCACCAGCAACGUGAUCUCUACCACAGGUUGAUUAUUUUCAAAGCAUUAAGGGUGCUCAGGACUUCCUGUUGACAGAAGAAGCUGACAAAUCACAUGGAACUUCUCCUGUAAGCCAACUCAAACUCAAACUUCUUCAGCAGUGGUUCUUUGACAGCUGAUUUUGACUCUGCUUUGUGUGAGGAGAGAAGAACUUAGUAGCAGUUCAACAAAGGGAGAAAAUACUGUCACUCUCUAAGAGUGCUUCACCACUUCAUAGCCUCUGUGCCCCGGUGUGCUUGGUUUAGUACAUUAAAACUUUUUUUUUCCCCCCACACUGGAA